AUGGCAAUUAAAACAUGGACUACUAGUUACAUGUUCAACCUAUUCUACUACCUUUUCGUCUCCCUUGCUAUCUCUGCUUUAGCUGCUCCGACAACUGUUUCGUCGCCCGAUGUGUACAGUUUCUCCAAAGCUUCUACGUUUUUCUUCGACAUUCCAAGGGACAAGAGAUCUGAUGAAACUUUAUUCGCUGAAAAUUUACGAUAA